AUGCCACUGUCAGGAUUUUUUGUGAGCAAGCUGUUGAAAUUGCCAUCCCAUUAUGCUGCUGGACUAAUUUUAGUGGCCUGUUGCCCUGGAGGCACAGCGAGCAACAUUGUGACCUAUUUAGCAAGGGCAAAUGUUGCUCUUUCAGUCCUGAUGACAGCAGCAAGCACUUUCGCUGCAGCGUUCAUGACCCCUCUCCUGACAUCCAAACUUGCUGGGCAAUAUGUUGCAGUAGAUCCAAUGGGACUGUUUGUGUCCACAUCUCAGGUUGUCCUCGCACCUGUCCUUUUGGGUGCUCUACUUAAUCAGUAUUGCAAUGGUCUGGUUCAAUUAGUGUCCCCGUUGAUGCCCUUCAUUGCUGUAGCAACAGUAGCCAUUCUAUGUGGCAAUGCUAUUGCACAGAAUGCUUCAGCAAUCCUGGCAUCUGGGUCGCAAGUGGUUUUAUCUGUUGGUUGCUUGCAUGCAUCUGGCUUUUUCUUCGGCUAUGUUCUUUCAAGAUUACUUGGCAUUGAUAUCUCUUCAGCAAGAACAAUCUCUAUUGAGGUUGGCAUGCAGAACUCAGUGUUGGGCCUUGUCCUUGCAACCAAGCAUUUCGGCAACCCUCUCACGGCUGUUCCAUGUGCUGUUUCGAGCAUCUGCCACUCGGUCUAUGGUAGCAUUUUGGCUGGGAUCUGGAGGUCUAUGCCCACCAAGGACAAGGGAGAAUGA